AUGUUGAUUCGUUUCGAUUCGGCACACCUGCCCUACCCUGUCCUUGGCCCCGGGGAAUCUACGGAGCGUUGGCAGUGGGCACGCUCUCAUGCAUCCGGUUUCCGGUCUGGUGGCAGCAGGGCCUGGGCGCGGCGGCGGGGCCUGGGCGCGGCGGCGGGGCGUCGCGGGGCUGAUGUGUCACUAUCUCAAUCGACAUUUCCCAAGAUGGACUCCAUGCCGAUCCGGACCCUCUCUUACCACGAGCUUGACCCUCUCAAGAACGUAGUCUUCUCUACAAACUAUCUCCAGCAUGUUGAGAAUGUAGAAAUCGAGACGCAAGAAACAAGACCGGAACACCUCCCUGAGGGGAUCUCGGAAACGGACGAGGAGAAGCAGAAACACUGGUUCAUUGGGAGUAUCGACUGCGGCACAACUUCCUCGCGAUUCCUGAUUUUUAAUGGCGAAGGGAACCCAGUUGCGAGCCAUCAAAUCGAAUUUGACAAUAUAUACCCUGAGUCAGGAUGGCAUGAACACAAUCCGCAAGAGCUGGUUGCUUCGGUCGAGGAGUGUAUAGAUAAGGCAACUGCCAAGUUUCAAGAGGACGGCUAUACCACCAGCCAAAUCAAGGCUAUUGGGAUUACGAACCAGCGAGAAACGACCAUCUGCUGGGACACGAAUACUGGGGAGCCUCUAUACAAUGCGAUCGUUUGGCCGGACACUCGAACUACAUCUAUCGUGCGAGAACUGAAGAAGAGAGAAGGCGCAGAUGAACUCCAGCAACUCUGUGGAUUACCCCUCUCAACAUACCCCUCGAGUGUGAAGCUUCUCUGGCUUUGCCGCAACGUUGACGCUGUAAAGAAUGCGUACGACGAAGGCCGACUGUCUUUUGGAACAGUGGACACGUGGCUGAUCUUCAAGCUUAAUGGCGGCAAGGAAGCUGGUAUACAUGUUACAGAUUCUUCCAACGCCUCCCGGACGAUGUUCAUGAACCUCCACACUCUCCAAUACGACGAUAAACUCCUAGACUUCUUCCAACUAGACCGGAAAAAUAUCACACUUCCUAAGAUCGUGCCUUCUUCUGACAGAGAUGCUUUUGGUGCCCUGGCAUCUACCGCCCUGAAAGGAAUUAAGAUCACAGGCUGUCUGGGUGAUCAAUCUGCAGCUUUGGUUGGCCAAUGCGGAUUCAAACCCGGCGAAGCCAAGAACACAUACGGAACUGGCUGUUUCCUCUUAUACAAUGUUGGCGACAAACCUGUCAUAUCGAAGUACGGGCUUUUAGCUACUGUUGCUUACGAUUUUGGUGCUGGACGGAAGCCCGUCUAUGCGCUUGAGGGUAGUGUUGCUGUUGCUGGAUCUGGUGUCAAGUUCCUCAUGAAUAACAUGGGCUUCAUCAAGCACUCGCACAAGAUUACGGAAUUGGCGGAGAGUGUCAGGGACAACGGUGGUGUAGUCUUCGUGACAGCCUUUAGCGGUCUUUUCGCUCCAUACUGGAUCGACGACGCCAAGGGAACACUUUUCGGCAUCACUGCGCACACUCAACGCGGACACAUUGCACGAGCAACGCUGGAAGCUACCUGCUAUCAGACAAAAGCCAUUCUGGAUGCCAUGGAGAAAGACUCGGGCCACAAGCUCGGGAAGCUUGCCGUCGACGGCGGCAUGUCCAAUUCCGACCUCUGCAUGCAGACACAAGCCGACAUCAUUGGGAUCCCGGUAGAUCGGCCCGUGAUGAGGGAAACAACAGCUCUUGGAGCCGCAAUCGCUGCCGGCUUCGCUGUUGACAUCUGGAAGGAAUUCGACGAACUUAAGGAAAUAAACAAAGAGGAUCGCAAGAUCUUUACCUCCAAGAUUCCCAAGAAGAAGAGUGAUGCGAUGUUCAAGAAGUGGGAGCAAGCCGUGGAGAUGAGUAAGGGGUGGGUAUUGAGUCCUUCGGAUGAUGAGGAGGACGAGGAGGCAGAAGUGGAGGAGUAG